AUGGCAGUAUCUUUAUCAAGAAAAAGAUCAAAGUCAUCAAGAAAACAAUCUUGUUCUGGUUUUUCAAUUCUAUACAGUUUCUUAACUAGAAUUUCUGGUUUAAUCUUUCUUUUAAUCCUUAUUUACAUGUGGUCUUCAUUGUCCACAGUUUUAACGGGAAACAUCAUUCAUGUUUGUUUUUCCACAAGAAAGCUCAAUAAUAGCUUCUAUUGUCUUUCUGCAGCCACUCAUACUAAUCCCUCCUUCGAAAUCCCAAGUAUUUCCAUGAACAAUAACAGUAUUAGUGAUAGUACUGCUUCUAUUAUUACUACUGAGAAAGUUGAAGUUGAGAAGUUUGCGAUUAGUACUCCGGAUAAUGAAGAGGUUGCAAAUGCGGUUAAGAUCAUUGAAGAACACUUGAAGGUGCAUCGGUCGUGGAGGUUCGAUAAUAAAAAGAAUGCAAGUUGUGAGGAUGGUAAAGGAAUCUAUGUGUAUGAUUUACCAUCUAAGUUUAACAAGGAUUUGGUUGGUCAGUGCAGUGACAUGGUUCCAUGGCAGAAUUUUUGCAGAUAUGUAAGUAAUGAAGGGUUUGGUGAACCGAUAUCGAAACUCGGUAAAGGUUGGUAUAAAACUCAUCAGUACUCACUUGAACUGAUUUUUCAUUCAAAGGUUUUGAAGCAUCCUUGCAGGGUUUAUAAUGAGAAUGAUGCAAAGCUAUUCUAUGUUCCUUUCUAUGGUGGACUUGAUGUGUUGAGAUGGCAUUUCAAGAAUGUUUCGAGUGAUGUGAAAGAUGGUUUGGGCUUUGAGUUAUUAAAGUGGCUUGAGAGACAAGUUACUUGGAAAAGGAAUUUAGGUAAGGAUCAUGUUUUUGUUUUGGGGAAGAUUUCUUGGGAUUUUAGAAGGACUAGUGAUUCUCCUUGGGGAACUAGAUUGUUAGAGCUUGAAAAAAUGCAGAAUCCGAUUAAGUUAUUGAUCGAACGCCAACCGUGGCAUUUGAACGAUAUUGGAAUUCCUCAUCCGACUUAUUUUCAUCCGAAAUCGGACAAUGAUAUAAUCGACUGGCAGCUGAAAAUCAUAAGAUCGAAUCGGAAGAAUCUCGUGAGUUUUGCUGGUGCGGCGCGGAAUGAUGCGGAUGACCACAUAAGGUCGAUAAUAAUCGACCAAUGCAGUUCGAAAAGUGACGGUAAAUGCAAGUUUUUGAACUGUAGUUCUGUUAAAUGUAAUGAGCCAGAAUCAAUUAUAGAACUUUUUGUGGACUCUGAGUUUUGCUUGCAGCCACCGGGAGAUAGUCCAACGAGAAAAUCAGUUUUCGAUUCACUUAUAUCGGGUUGUAUUCCGGUUCUUUUCGAUCCUUUCACAGCUUAUUAUCAAUAUCCUUGGCAUUUGCCAGAGGAUUAUGAUAGGUAUUCUGUGUUUAUGGACAAAAAAGAGGUGAGAGAAAAGAAUGUGAAUGUGAUGGAGAAGCUUGGAAAUAUUUCUUUGAGAGAGAGAGAAAACAUGAGGAGGUAUAUUGUGUAUGAACUAUUGCCUGGUUUAGUAUAUGGCGAUCACAAUGCUGAGCUUGAAAAGUUUCAAGAUGCAUUUGCCAUUACUAUCAAUAGUUUGCUUCAAAGGGUUAGCAAAUUCAAGGACUAG